UCAAUCGGCGGCCGAGUAUUUGACCUCAGUCGAUAGAGUUUUCAACUUUUUAUCUUAUGUAACUCGUAUGCAUGAAUAUGUUUCUUACUUCUCUCCUGAAUGAUUAUGUUUUACACUAAGCCGAAGUAGUGUACAAUCUACUUUUCACUUGUAAAAAAGAUGUACAAUCAUUCGCGAGAAUUCUAAGUAUGCCAUGAGUUUAUUAUUCUAUGCCGGCAACAGUUCGAAACGUUUUGACACUAGCUGAGAGCUAGAUUUGUUUUUCUCACGUCGUUUGACGUUUGAUUUAAAAUCAUAAACUUCUUUCGAUCAUUGUCAUAGAGCUGACGUUUUAAACAUUUCCAUGAUAGAGUAACAUUCAUCAUUUCAAUACGUUUCUCCGAUCGCAUCAGUAGUGAUAACAUAAUAACAUGGACGCCAAUCAUUCUCAAAGUUGUCUUGAGCUAGAAGCUCCUGUAUAUCACAAUUUUGAUCAACCGAAAUACGCAGAAAUUUAUAAGAUCAAAUAUAUAGAUGAAUUUGUUUAUGUAUUCAUCGAGUUUUCUGGGUCAUCUCCGUCGUAAGAUGAAUUUGUGCUAGCUGUGAAAUGCAAAUGCAAAAUUAGCCAAGAAUUGGAUAUUGUUAUAAAGGACGAAAACGGUUGCAAAAUUUCCGAUUCGGUUACGUUUGUUUUCUUUAUGCUCAACAACUACGAACGCGGUAAAGUCUUUGAGAUUUCAACGGAAACUGUCGUCCCAUCAGCGGUUGUUAAUGCACCUGCUUCGCCUUGUCCACAAACCGUGAAUUUUCCUCCCAUCUACGAAGAUCCUGACAAGUUUUUUAUAUAUUUUCUUGGCAAGGACCUCGUCAAUUACUUCAAGCAUCAAACCCAAAUCAUCUGCAAACCAACAGGUGCCGAGCUCAUCGAAUUAUAUCAUGUUUCCAAAACAUCGAGCCUCGACGUACUUCACAAAAAGACUAUAAUUCAAAUAUCCGCAAAUCAUUGUAUGCUGGUGAAGCAUAAUGAACCUAGCGUUGCCGAUAGAGUGAUUUGGGCAAGAGUUGUGUGUGACGUGUUCCGUCAAUUUCGCGAUUCGAAUACAGACGAAUAUUAUUUCGCAGUGUAUAAUCCUCAAAAAGGGGACGGAUUUUUGGGUAACCGGAUUAAGCUCUUGAUGAAACAUUCGAAAAAAGUAAAGGAAAAUCAAGCGUCGGUAAAUAAACAGAUUGAUUCGGUAGAAGAAAGCUCCAUCCAAGAAAACGAAGAAGAUCCGAUCAAUUCCGAUCUGCACAGUCUGGUCGAUUUCAUGAAAAUUGCAGACAUUACAACAGACAAAUCGAUUAUUCUCGAGAACCACAAAAAAACGUUUUCAAUCCGUCAACUUUACCGUAAGCAAAAGGAUAUUGUCAAGUUGACUUCGGAGUUUCCGAGAUUUUUUGACGUUGAUGGUCUCAUCGAUGAAGACUACGCUCAGCUGUACCCAUUGAGUGGAUUGGUUACAUAUACUCAAGAGAUUCAGCAGAAGAUUGUAUCGAUAGCAAAAGAGUCGAAAAACUACGGAAAGUUUCCAUUGACGCACAAAAACCUGCCACAACCAUUGAACGCACUGCUGCAUCUUAUUGUACUGCUUCCACCAACCUCACUGGGUAGAGGUCAAAAGAAUCGAGUGAAGCUGGAGUUGGCUUUUCCUCGAUUGGUCAAAGUUCACGAGGUCAACCAGCCGUUAAUCGAUUUGACAAAGGACAAUCCAGAGAGCUCACCGUUCAUAGUGGUUUCUGGCUCAAACCACUACGUCGUAUACGAUAAUCAUUUUGUUACUUGCUCCACGUCAUUCAGUGCCAUAGACACAUUCUUCAAGGUACAUUUCGUAUUCCCCUCAAACUUCGAUUCGAACAUCCGACAUGUGUUAGCCUUCGUCGGACAUUACUUUUAUAACAUGAAGAGCUUGCGACCAACAUCCGAAAUGAGACUGUUAAGUACACGAUUGUUCGCCAGUUAAAUAGUUUAGCUUUUAUUGCAGCUUUUCUUUACUUUUAAGUUUUUUUGUUUUAAAUUCAAUUGAUUAUUUUGCUUGAAAAUGUCAGAAGGUCUUAGAUGUUACAUUUGUGGUGAAUGCGAAUUAGAUUUAAAAUCUUUCUUCAACCAUUUGAAGGUUUUUCAUAAUAUUACUGAAAAUAGUUCAGAAUUUAAAUGUGGCUUCAAAAAUUGCAAUAAAAUUACUGCCACGAAAAGAAAUAUUCGAGAGCAUAUGUUGAAAUGUAACUUUAAAUUAACCGAAAAUUCCGUGUCAUCAAGUUCAGCUUGUGCUAGUAAUUUAUCGUUAUCCGAACCUAAUAUAAGUCCGCAAAAUGCAUACGAAGAAUUUGACUUAUAUUCUCAUUUCAUAAAUACGACGCGUUGUAGCCAGACGCCAGAAACUGAGCUUUCCGAAAGUCAAAUUGAAAGUAAAAUGAAGAGCGAAUUUGUAGCGAACGUUAAAUUAACUAUUAGGAAUUUGGUAGCGACUCUCUCCAAAAAAUGGUUGCCAAAUUCCACAAUUGAUUUGACGAUCAAAAAUAUUAUUUCUUUGCUCGAAUCAAUAUUUCUUUUUAUUCGUUGUAAUUUCUUGUCUUAUAACGUACAUUUCAUGGAAGUAUAUAACGAUUUUGUCGAUUUUCAAAAUUGCAUUUUGCAAGAAAUUAAAACACUUUCGACCACUUAUCGGAGAAGAAAAGCCGCUUUUGAGAAUGUUCCAAAGCCUCAAGAAGUGACUUUGGGAGUUCGUUUUGAUCGAAAAUUUGAUAAAAAAUCGCAACUGUUCAUUGAAAAACCGG